CUUAAUGAUGGUGUAUGCUUUACUUCAAUCUACAUAUUUGCAUGAAUUUUGAUUGCGACAGAUUCUUCUUCUGAAAACCUUCGCAAGUCAAGCAUCUUCUUUCACCCAACCGCUUAAUUCCUUCCACUAAGCAACGGGUAAGGAGGAAAAUCAAUAAAUUCUUGGCAUCCUACCAUGGUUUCCAAUACCAUGGAUCGUUCCUACUGGAUCAACUGGAGAUUCAUGUUGUGUGCAAUAUGGGUGCUUUCCUCUAUGGCGGGGGCUUCUAUUUUGGUAUGGAAAUAUGAAGGUUCUAAACCUGAUGGGACAGUGGAAGGAGAGGUUCAACAUAGAAAUAUGGGGGCUUCAUACGAGGAUGAGGCUUGGAUGCCCUGUCUUAGUACAAUUCACCCUGUUUGGCUGCUGCUUUUUCGGGUGAUUGCAUUUUUGGUAUUUGUGGCGCUGCUUGUUGUUAACGUUGUUGUGGAUGGAGCUUCCAUAUUGUUCUACUAUACUCAGUGGACUUUCAUGCUGGUUACAAUUUAUUUUGGGCUUGGCUUGUUGCUGUCUGCUUAUGGGUGCUAUCAAUACAUAAAUAAAGUUUCUGGUGAUAGCAUUGACCGUAUGAGGUUGGAUUCUGAGCAUAGCUCAUACAUUUCUUCUAUGAAUGGUGAAGCUUCAAAUGGCCCUCAUACAAUGAAGAAUCCUUUAUCUCAAGAUCACCAGAACAAUCGAAAACCUGCAGGUUUAGGUGGAUAUCUCUUCCAAAUUAUCUAUCAGACAAAUGCAGGUGCUGUCAUGCUUACGGAUUUUGUCUUUUGGCUUAUCAUAUUUCCGUUUCUAGCCAUUAAAGAUUAUGACCUCAAUUUUCUACAAAUAGGAAUGCACUCAAUAAAUGCUGUCUUCCUCCUUGGUGACACUGCCCUGAACUGUUUGCAAUUCCCUUGGUUUCGAAUUGCAUAUUUCCUGUUAUGGACAUCAAUUUACGUGAUUUUUCAAUGGGUAUACCAUAUUUGCAAAUCAAUCUGGUGGCCCUAUCCAUUCCUUGACUUGUCAUCAGCUCAUGCCCCUAUCUGGUACUUCGCCGUGGCAGUUCUUCAUGUACCUUGUUAUGCUCUCUUCUCUUUGAUAAUGAAGCUGAAGCACUGCUUGUUUAUGAGAUGGUUUCCUCAGUCAUAUUAUCUGGCAAGUUAGAGAACUAAUGCAACCUUUACAGUGUCUCAUGGCAAUGAGAGGGUCUCUCUACCAGUUUUGUCAGAUUAUUCCAAAGAUUCAAAAAAGAACCUCUCUCUCUCUCUCUCUUUCUCUUCUGAUGACAGAUCCAAGGAGGAAUCUGCUUGAGAAGAAUGGACCAUUAGCUCGACCCUACAGCUACAUCUAUACUCGAUUUUUUAGUGUAAAAAUUUGAGUUUUUUGAGGUGUUUAUAUAGUUACUGAAUACAUAGUCUACUUCCAGCAACACCAAUUGUGCCUGGGAGAUAUGUAGUUAAUUAUGCAUUAGAUGCUUAGAGGAGCAGGAAAGAGGUUUUUUUCAAGGUGGUCAUGCAGCUCAACAAAAACUAUUGAUGUGAAAGCGUCGAAGUGGACAUCUAAAGCUCUCAAGGAUCUGAUUGAAAUUAGAAUCUUUAAAUUUCAAGUAUAUUUUCUUCAUUGAGAAUCUUCAUUAAGGAUUUGUUAUCCUAAGCCUUUCUCUACUGAACAUUAUAGUUAUUGGAGUUGGCAGUCUUUCUGUUGGACUGUUGAAUUUGGACUGAAUAUUUAUUAUCUUUUAAAUGAGAAGAAAAAUUUGAAGUUUCC